ACCGGUGCAGCCUCGGAGCAGUGAGCAGAGGUUGCGUGGUAGAGAGAGGUUGCAAGCCACCACCUCUCUCUUCCUCUCGUCCUCCUCCGGUCGCCGCCGUUCUUCCAGUUCUCCGACUAGACGUUCAGUCGGCUGGCGACAGCCGUCCGUGCUUCGCGUUUCUUCGUGUCGCGCACGCCCCGUCUUUCUCUCUCUCUCUCACCCGCGAAAUCUUCUCGUUCGUUUUUCCCCUUUUUCCAUCUCGAUCCGCUCCUCGAUCGGACGAAUCGGUUCGAUCGGCUUCGAUCCGAUAAUCGGAUUAAAAAGUUUUCCGUUUCUUUGUUCGUUCGCGAUUCGCAGCAGUCUCGCGCGAUGCACGGUGUUGUCGGUGCCGUUACGCGUCGAUCGCCAGGAUCUCGAUAGAUCUCUCGGUUGGUGACGUUUCGAUCCAUGCCCUGUUUCGUGCGUUUCCAGCUCCUCUUUGGAUUUGUUCGAGAUUACGAGGAGCUGACACGAUCGCAAGAGGUUGCGGAGUGUAGGAGGCAAGAAGGUGGAGGGUGGAAUGGCGACCAGCAGCAGCGGACCAGUCGUGCAGAAAGUGAAGGUGAAGGAAGAGGCGAAGGAUCACUGUACGAUGACGACCGGGACCACGUGCACCACGACCACCACCGCCACGACCACCACCACGACCACGACCACGAGCACGACCACCAGUAGCACGGGCACGACCGUGACCAGCACGAGCGCGAGCACGAGCACGGUGACCAGUUUGGGCGAGAGCAUCGCCGCCCUCCAUCAACAACCCUCCGCCGCUGUUUGUCACCUAUCGGCGCCAGCGGCUUCCGUCCUCUCGGCCAACGCCGACCCCUUUCCCGUCGAUCUCGACCUCAAGACCAAGAUCAAGGUUACACCCGCGGCAAGGGAGAAGUCGGCGCGAGAGGAUGGCCAACGCGAGGAGAUCCACUCUCCCUCCCUCCCCGGCCAGAAAAUUUCGGCGGGCGGGCAAUCGAGGCAAGGCAAUUGCACGAGAGGCGCGAGCGAGUUGCACAAGGCGGCCGUUUGCUCGGCCUCGGGCUCGGACAGCGGCAGCCCUUUGCCGGCGCACUACCUCAAGCCCGAGUCCGAGGACGGGUCCGUGAACGGAGGCGCGGGUGGAAAUGGGAGCUGCGGGAGGGCGGCGCAGGAGGAGCAGAGCGACGCCGCGUCGUCGAACGCGGUGGCUGGAAAUAGGUGCAUCGCCGGUGUUUUCGCGGGCCACGGCGAGGUGAAGAGCGUCCUCGGCACGGUGGUCAAAUUCGCAACGGGCAUCUCGCCGGACACUGGGGACACGGUGCUCACGCUGGUCUUGGCGCUUCUGAGUGGGAGCAUGACGGCGGAGGAAUUUCACUCGGCGCUGCAGGAAGCGACCAACUACUCCCUCAAAGGAUUCGUUCUUCCGCAUCUCAAGCAACAAUUGCCUUCCCUGCAGAGAGAUCUGAGCAACGCCGCCAGAGCCAGUAAUCAGAGUUGCGCGCAAUUUUUGAGAUCGAACGAGGCCGCGGUCCUGGAGGCUGUCGGUUUGGUGGCCGCGACGGAUCAGGUGGAGAUCUUCGGGGAGCAGACCGGUAACGGGAUAGGAGGUGGCGGCAAUCAGUGCUCCGCUCAUUACGGCGUGCGAUCCAAUUCCAACCCCGGAAUUGGCGCCAUUCAACACACGAACAACGCCACGGGUGGUUUCCAUCAUUACUCGAGCGCAUCGCACGCACCGAAACGACGCGCCUCCGACACGCCGUAUUACGAGAACGGGGCCACUCUGCUCGAGGACGUUCCCUUGUACGGGAAAAGAUUGAAUCCUUGGAGUCAUCACCAUCCCCCGCAACAGCAGCCGUCCGCCGAGGGCUCGUCCCCUUAUUGUUGGUAUCAUCCGCUUCACUCGAGUGGAUCGAUUCAAGGCCUCGGCCAUCGUCAUGCUCACGCUCACGGCCAUUCUCACGGUCAAACUCACGGCCACGCUCACGGUCACGGGUCGCAGGGCGAGGGGUCUAGCUCGAUACCACCACCUGGUUCCGUGCAAAUGAGUCAGAUGAACGCGUUCUCCGGAUCUCACCACCUAGCGCGGCAACAGCAGCAGCAAAUGGGUCACGUUCAAGCGCAGAACGGCAGCCUGGACGACGAAUGGAAGAACAUUCACAUGAUGUUGAACUGUAUCCUCGGAAUGGUGGAAAAGACGAAGAAAGCUUUGGCCAUUCUGCAGACGCGUGGUUGUUUUGGGGCCACGGCCUCGGCGGGCCCUCCCUUGUCAGCCACGAGCACCGUGCCGGCUCAAAACGGCGGCACCGGCAGCGCGGCCAACAACAAUCCAUCCUCGACCAACGGCUCUCAAGUGGAAUCCUCGACCGGUGACCGCGAGGGAAGCUUGAAACGACUGUCCGGAGAGAUCGUCGCCCAGACCAUCAGGGCGAUCGAGGAUAAAGUCGCAGAAGUGAAGAGGAAAGAUGAGGAAGCCGUGAAAAGGGCCGUGAUGGCCGAAGUGCAACGAGCCGUAAGAGUCGCGGUAGCCGAAUCGAGGGCGAGCGAACGUCUACGAGUGCAUCGAAUGCUCGACGUUCCAUUGUCCCAGAGAAACCACGCACCUCUCCGUCAAGGGCCGUACCUUCGAGUUCACGGUAAUCCAGUCGAUGCGAAUGCCAGAACAGUCACAGCUACACCGACCAACACCGUUUCCAAUUCUAUCACGUCGAUCGGCGAGGACGAAAAGGACGCGCAAUUGCAGACCGUCUCGGGAUCCAGUUGUUGGAACUGCGGCAGACCAGCCUUGGAGACGUGCGGUGGUUGUGGAAUCGCGCGGUAUUGCGGCUCCUUCUGCCAACACCGGGACUGGGAGGCAGGAGGCCAUCACGCGACCUGCAACAAUCCUCCGCCUCGCGAACCUCGAAGAUCAGCGUCUCGAAGCCCUCCCAGAAUCGCAAGCGCAGCUCAGUCGAGCGUAAACGAGGCAAAUAUCGUCGCGCCUAUACCGGCCAGUGGUACAACCAAGGGGAAGUGACGUUACGACGGGAAUUAUUAUCGACUCAGACGAUUCGCUAGACCGGUCCAAUACGAUUCGCGUUGACUAUACACACACUACACACACACACACACAUACACGCACAUCCUUUCUUCUGACGGAGAAUCAUACAUCUUCUGCUUUUCUUUCUCCACUUUCUUCCUACGCUUUCGCACUCUCAUGCGCCAUUCAGUUGUACAAUUAUAAUAGUUUAAAUAUCCUGUUAUUCAUCCAAGGUAUAUUACGAUACAUUUUGUCGAAUUCAUCCGUUCGCGCUAAUCUUGGCGAGUUAGAGGUUAAGCGAUCCCUUGCGUGUCGCGAUAUACAAACACAAAGUUGCGGGAACAGAUUACAUUUACGCGUGAAAUGAAAUUUUUCCCUUUUACGAUUGUAGUUGUAACACCGUUCGUCGAAUUCCUUCUUUAGAAUAGUACGUGUAACGGUUCGUUGUACAUUGCUAUUUGAUCGAAGCGACAAAGUAGAGAUAAAUUAUAUAACAUGUAUAUAUCUCGGAUGAUAGAUUGUCCAAAUAAACGAAAUUCUUGUCUAGCGAUGAAAACGAGGUGAAGUUUCGUUAUCUUUCGAUACAACGAAAGUAUUAAUUAAAAAUAUGAAUCCAUUCACGUCGCCCAAACGAUAAACGGUGAUAAAUAAAUUUAAUACAUGUUAUACAUUCUCUAAGUCUCUACGAACAUAUAGCAUAAAAAAAAAAUCUUGCA